CCAUCCCCCGCCCCCCGCACACCCUCGCAUACACCCAGGAGCUGGAGACUGGAGACGCGGCUCCCUCGCCAUCCUUCUCCUCCUGUUGCAAACUCUAGACAGCUUGCUUUCUUUCCCCCAGGGGAAGAGAGAGAGUCCUCGGGGCUAGGCUGGCUUCCCCAAGGGUGGGCUGGGCUGACUGAAGAGACUCCCCAGCCGGGCACUGUAGCGAUCCCCGACCGCCUCGGGGCCAUGGGGACCGUGUGCUCCGAAGAAGGCUCUGGGUUCAGUAGGCACUUUCGUCUUUAGUAGCCUCGCCUCUUGCCUGCCUGCUCUGUCCUCUCUGGUCGGCUUGGGAUGCCGUUCCACUCCGCAGUUAGCCUCUCAGCCUAGACGGCACGAGGGAGGAGAUUAACCCGCCUGGCAGCCCGUUUCAAGAUGUGCCCAUCGGAAAUGGGGACACUGUGGCAGCACUGGUCACCUGUGCUCUUCAGCCUGGCCGCUCUGUUUUCCAAAGUGUCAGAGAGCCGAGGGAUUUUAGAGAGCAUCCAGAGAUUCUCCCUGCUGCCCACGUACCUUCCUGUGAGCUACCAUAUCAACAAUGCCGAUAUAUCUUUCUUCCUCAAAGAAGCCAACCAGGACAUCAUGAGAAACUCAAGUUUGCAAUCCAGGGUGGAAUCCUUUCUGAUUUACAAAUCCAAGAUGGCACCUUCCUUGAAUGCCAGCUAUGGACCUUUUUCUGUGGAACAACUUGUGCCCCAGGACCUGCUGUUGCCUUCCAAUCCAUUUGGAUCCACCAACAAGUUUGCUCUGAACUGGAAGCUAAAAGCCUACAUCAUGAGUGAUAAAAUCUACCUGAGUAGGCCCAGAGUCCAGAUCCUGUUCUACAUAGUAGGCAGGGACUGGGAUGAUUAUACCACCACAGAGAGGCUGCCCUGCCUCCGAGUGUUUGCCUUCAGGGAGACCAGGGAGGUGAGGGGCAGCUGCCGCCUGGCAGGGGAACUCGGACUGUGUGUAGCCCAGUUGGAGCUCCUAUCCAGCUGGUUCAGCCCCCCGACUGUGGUUGCAGGAAGGAAAAAGUCAAUGGACCAAUCAGAAGGAAGUCCUGUAGAGCUUUACUAUUCCAUCCAAACUGGAGAUGAGAAAGGAGAUUGUACCAAGGAAGAGACAAGGAAAAAUAAUGGAAUUCGACCAGGCCACAAUGAUAUCGAUGAAGUGGGUCCUCCCUUGCAGAGAAUUGGGAGCGUGUUUCUCUACCAGACUCACAGUGGGAGCCCUUCUUGGAGGGAACUUCACUUAGAUAGCAAUGUUGCCAUCCACUAUGUGGCCAAGACUGCCAAACAAGGAGACAUUCUGACUUUUCCUGUUUCUGUCUCUAGAAAUUCCACUGAGGAUCAUUUCACACUGAGGGCAAAGGUAAAGAAAGGUGUGAAUAUUAUUGGUGUUCGAGCCAGCAACCCACACUUAUGGGAUGUCAAAGAGAGUGUGGAUUAUACGGGGAAAUAUGUGUGUCAGAGGAAAUCUACUACUUCUGAGAACAGUGCUGAUGGUCAAUCCAAUGAAGUCAUGCAGAUCGAUAUAGAAAUUGAAGAGCUGAGUGACCUACCAGCCACGCAGCUAGUCACAUGGCAGGUUGAAUACCCUGGAGAGACUACCUCGGACCUAGGGGUGUCCAAAAUCUAUGUGAGCCAGAAGGAUUUGAUUGGAGUCAUCCCACUAGCCAUGGAAGCAGAAAUCUUGAACACAGCCAUUCUCACUGGGAAGACAGUGGCCGUGCCUGUAAAGGUGGUCUCCGUGGAGGAGGAUGGCACUGUGACAGAUAUUCUGGAGUCUGUGGAAUGUAGAUCAUCAGAUGAAGAUGUAAUUAAGGUGUCUGACAGAUGUGACUACGUCUUUGUCAAUGGAAAAGAAAUGAAGGGCAAAGUGAAUGUUGUGGUGAGGUUCACCUACCAGCACCUGAGCAGCCCCCUGGAGAUGACUGUGUGGGUGCCCCGGCUCCCACUCCAGAUUGAGAUCUCUGACACAGAACUCAACCAGAUCAAGGGCUGGAGGGUGCCCAUUGUCUCAAAUAAGAGACCAGUCCGAGACAGUGAAGAUGAGGAAGAGGAUGAGAGGCGGGGCAAAGGCUGCACCCUCCAGUACCAGCAUGCCAUGGUUCGAGUCCUUACUCAGUUUGUGGCUGAGGCUUCUGAGUCUGGAGGGCAGCUGGCCCAUCUGCUGGGCUCUGACUGGCAAGUGGACAUCACGGAUUUGGUAAACAAUUUCAUGCAGGUGGAAGAGCCGAGGAUAGCCAAGCUACAAGGAGGUCAGGUUCUGAUUGGACAAGAGCUUGGAAUGACCACCAUUCAGAUCCUGUCCCCGCUGUCCGACGCCAUCCUGGCUGAGAAGACAGUGACUGUGUUGGAUGAGAAGGUGACAAUCACUGUCGGGGUUCAGCUGGUCACUGGGCUCUCCCUCUCCUUGCAGCUCAGCCCAGGAAGCAACAGAGCAAUCUUUGCCACCUCCAUUGCUCAGGAGCUACUGCAGACACCUAAGCAGGAAGCUGCCAUAAGUUGUUGGAUCCAAUUCAGUGAUGGUUCAGUCAUGCCCUUGGAUAUUUAUGAUGUAAAGGACUUCUCUCUGAUGGUGACAUCCCUUGAUGAGAAGGUGGUCUCCAUCAACCAAGACACCACAUUCAAAUGGCCUGUUAUUACUGCUGAAAUGGAGGAAGGGCAAGGUGCUCUGGUGAAGGUGGAAAUGGUGAUUAGUGAAUCAUGCCAGAAGUCUAAGAGGAAGAGUGUGCUGGCUGUUGGGACAGGAAAUAUCAAAGUUAAGUUUGGCCAGAAUGAUGCCAACCCCAACACGAGUGACAGCAGACAUGGGGGAAGGGGUCACCUGGAAACCCAUGCCAGCGACAGGAGGCCUAAAACAAACUGGCAAGAAAGAAUGAGACCAGAUGGGCAGUUUUUCAGCAAUUUCUCCAUGGAUCGCAUGGAAGGCAGGGGAGCCACAACAGACAGAUCCAUCUUCUGGAAGAAGAAUAAACAAGACAGUCUUUUAGAUGAUAAUAGCCAUCUACAGACCAUCCCCAUGGACUUCACCAGCUUCCCUGCCCAAGUGGAUCUCCCAAGGAACAAUGGAGAGAUGGAGGACAAUGACCUAGUACAGACACCCCGGGGCUUAAGCGACUUAGAGAUUGGGAUGUAUGCUCUGCUGGGUGUCUUCUGCCUUGCUAUUUUGGUCUUCUUAAUUAACUGUGUGACCUUUGCAUUGAAAUACAGGCAUAAGCAGGUUCCUUUUGAGGAGCAAGAGGGCUUGAGUCAUUCACAUGAUUGGGUGGGGUUAAGUAACCGAACAGAACUUUUGGAGAAUCAACUGAAUUUUCCCUCCCCACAGGAAGAACAGAUCACUGCUAUUGACAGAGGGGUAGAUUUUGAGGAGAGUAAAUAUCUCCUCAAUACAAACUCGCAAAAGAGUCUCAAUGGUCAGGUUUUCAAGUCUUCAGAAUCUCCAUUUGCUGAUGGGAAAGACCAGAAAAGUGAGCCCACAGCUUCCCCUACCUCUAAGCGAAAAAGGGUGAAAUUUACCACCUUCACCACCAUUUCCUCAGAUGAGGGAUGCCCUACAGUUAACUCCAUCCUGAUGAGCAGUGUGGACGACAUAAAAUGGGUUUGCCAAGACAUGGAUCUGGGAGAAUGUAAAGAACUGACAAACUACAUGGAAAGGUUACAUGAAAAGGUGUAAUUGGAUACACGUGAACAUUUGUUUUUCUGCUCACCUUCUGCCUUUAAUUUUGGGUAGUGAGGCACAAGGACAUCUCACAAGGAAGUAAACUGACAAUAUAAGAGGAGAGAAACAUCAUCAGCUGAGGACCAGAAAACCACCUGAAGUCAGUGGAAUGGAGUCCCAGAGUCAGAGUCAAGAUAGGCAUUCUCAUUCCAAAAGUCUUAUUCAAAAUUAGGUAUAUUUGAAAUCUGCCAAAACAUGGCAGGAUUUUCAUAACUGGAAACAAAAAUAAGAUUUUAUUUGAUGAACUUUUUGAGGAAAGAACAACUUCUCUUUCUCUUUUUCUCUCUAUCAAUCUUUUUUUUUUAAUAAAUGUAGCAAUUUGGAUUUACAAAAUCCAAGUAGCUCCCAUACAGACUGUGGAGAAAAAAAUAAGACUUAGGUUCAGUUUUUUUUUUAAAAAUGGAUCAAUGAAAGGAAGCACACCAGCUAAAAUAAGAGCAAAAUAUCUAGCCAUGAACAUUAUUGAAAAUGGACAGAGAUUGGUUUCACACUAGACACUGAGAAGUGACUGUUGUGACUUCAUAUUCCCCAGAUAUUGAGGGGGAAAACCUCCUUGGCAAUCAAAAAGGCAGAACAUUAUUGGCCCCAUAGAGAAAGGGGGAAAGCGUGCUGAUAAGAUGUAACCAUAUAUGUAAUGAGAUAAUGAGAAAUCAACUCCAUGGGGUGCUUUGGAGUAGUCUUUAAUUUUUAAGGUAAGAGACAGGACACACUGGCAUCAAUUUACUGGACACAGAUUUCCAAUUAGGUUCAAAGAACCAGUUUCUUUUUUAGCAAGCUCACACCAUCCAUCUCUAACAUUUCAAUUUGUACACCUUAUCCACAAUCCUGCCAUUCUAUAAGGGUUUAGUCACAGGUCACAGGGAACUUUUCAGCCCUCAGUAAGGGAUUGCUGGGUGGCAGAGAUAAAAUUAAGAUGGGAUGGGGGUGCCAUGGGUAGCUAACAUCAAUAGAGCUGGCUUCCUCCCUACCAUGGUUCUCUUAGUCCCUGAGACUUAUGGUCCUCUACAUAGCAUAACCACCCCUGUUGCUUUCCAGUCCCAGGGCUUGGGCUAGACUUUCUGGGGAAUUGUACCCAAUAGGAGCAAAAUCUUCCUUUUCCAAUCUUCCUACCUAGAUGGAUUUUCCUUGAGUAACAGAAUUCCUAGUUACAGCUCUGCUAAGUUGGGAAAACUAUCUUUGCCCUUCUUGUAUGCCCCUUCGCCGUGUCUUCCCAGUUCUGCAUCAUUUUAUAGGAUUCAUUCUACCAAGCCAUCUGGGAUCACUUGGUACUUGCUUCCCAUGUGGUUAUUUUAAUAAAGUAGCUGAUUGGGUUUAGAAAGGAGAAAUUAAGGAUCAAUCAUGCUAAAUUCAACGUAGCCUUAGUCCCCUUAAUUUUUAAGAAAAGAUCACUGGGAUAUUUCAUUAUCCAUCUCUAAGUCUGUUCUAUGGUGUUUCCCAGCAUGAAGAUUUUCCCUCAUAGACACCAAGAUGGAAAAACUAGCUCUUAGAAUGUGAAUGUGCAGGAGGAGAGAGAAGGAAAAGCCCAGCACUUAAUAAAAACCACAAGUCUCCCAGGAAAAUCUUUGUACUACAUCCCUUGAUCCCAUUAGGAUGUGAGCUCCUUGGGAGGAAGAACUAUUUUUCCCAUUUCUUUGUAGCCCCAGGGCUUAGCACAAUGCCUGACACCUGGUAAACACUUAAUACAUGUUUGUUGACUUAACUGUUUGAGAGCUCUGCUACUAGGCAACAGAAAAGACAAAGACGUAAACCUUAGUCCCUGCCCUCAGAAGCUUACAAUUUACUUGGAGGGAUACAGCUUGUCUACCAGGAAGGGGCAUAACAAAAUAAUUUCAAGAGGGAAUGAGCAUUUCCCACUUAGUAAAGAGAUGGGAAUAAUGGGAUGGGAAUGUCUGUGAGCGAUCAAGAAGGGCAUCCUGAUCCCUGACCCAGUGGGGUGAAGGAAAUUAGGAAUCCUAAAAGGUCGGGGUGAAGGUGAAGAGAAAAUUUGUUCCUAAACUGGGGCUUCAAUAGCCAGCCAUCAACUGCUUCCAAUCCUAAAGCUGGUUAAUUUGGUUUUGCUGCUUUUUAAACCCAGCACACAUUUCCCAUGAUUUUUUUCCCAUUCAGUUAUAUCCUAAAGUCUCUUUCACUCCUCAUUACUGCUCCAGGCAGCUCACUGCUUCACCCCCUCCUCCAUCACUUCCCUAGUCAGAAUCCAUCUAUACUUAGAAUAUAUUGUAGAUUGUAAGAAUGUAAUAUAUAUUUAUAAAUAUACUAACUGUAAAUAAAAUUUGCGUUCAGUGGCUUCAGUUCUUCCCUCCUUUCUGCACAUCGUCCCCUGGAAAGGCUUGGCAGUCGGUUUCAGGGAGCUGUCCAAGGCUCUGGCUUUCGGUAAAUGAAAAUGCAGAUUUAAGGAUCCCCUCACAAUCUAAUUACAAACCUUUACAUCAUGUAAUGCUGCUCUUCAUGUGGAGAGGAUGUUGACACCCGAUGACAAAGUG